GUGCAUUCACAGGAUUCUCGUCCAUUGUCCCUCCACCGCAGUUGACCGCCGGCCCUCGACAGCAACCCUUUUUAACCCACCCCACCCCACCCCACCCACCAGCUAAACCACUUUUUCCAAGGCAAACGCGCAUUUGGACUCGAUCGUGCGCUGUUAAAUUACUAUAAAUAAUCAAACGUGGAAUAUAGUUUACUCCUCACCAACCCUUUUUAACAUUUCAUUCUCUCUCUCUCAUUUAGGGUUGAAAGAACUGCACGCUGUUCCUGUUGUUUGGUUUUUGCGAUAAUUAUAAUUUUGAAGAAAAUGGGAGGUUUUGGGUUGAAUGGAUCUGAUGAAGAAGGCAUAGCUACAAGGCUAUGGAAUAAGUUCAAGAAUGAAAGGGUUUCUGUUCUUUACAGUCCUUUUAUAAUUUGCUUAGCCUCUGGUACAUUGGAUUCUCACACUUUUCUUCAUUGCAUCUCUCAAGAUGUCUACUUUCUUCAAGCUUUUGCUCAGGCGUAUGAACUAGCAGAGGAAUAUGCAGAUGACGAUGAAGACAAGGAAGCCAUUACAAAGUUAAGAAAACGCGUCUUGAAGAGGCUUAGAAACCUAGAUACUCUUAUCCAUGAAUGGGGCUUUGAGUCCCCAAAAGAGAGCAUGUGCCAAACUGCAACUGUCAAAUACACAGAAUUCUUGCUGGAAACAGCAGCAGGGAAAGUGGGAGGAGAGAAAUUCCCCGGUAAAAUCGUUACUCCGUUUGAGAAAACAAAAAUCGCUGCAUAUACACUGAGUGCCAUUGCACCCUGCAUGAGGCUCUACAACUUUGUUAGUAAGGAGAUCCUGGCUCUUUUAGACCCCGAGGAAAGUAAACACAUUUACAAGAAGUGGCUUAAUAGUCUCUCCUCGGAAAAAUUUGAGGCUUCAGCUGGAAGGAUUGAAGUCAUGCUAGAUAAAUUAAGCGUUUCUUUGACUGGUGAAGAGCUAGAAGUUGUAGAAAGGCUCUAUCAUCAAGCUAUGAAACUCGAGGUAGAAUUCAUAUUGACUCAACCGGUUGUAAACCGUACCAUAGCCCCCGUUUCUCAACUCUACAACAGCGCUGAAGAGAAUCUCAUUAUAUUUUGUGACUUUGACUUGACGUGCACCGCCAUCGAUUCCUCUGCACUUCUAGCAGAGAUUGCAAUUGUAGCAGCAAGUAAGGCUGAUCUUAGUGGCGGUGAAACACAAUCUUCUCAGAUGUCAUCUGCUGAUAUCCGAAUGAUGUGGAGUAAUCAUUUCAGCCAGUACAUAGAAGAGUAUGAACAAUGCACAGAAAGCAUCAUGCCCAACGAAGCAGUCAAGGGACUUGAUUAUGAAGGUCUAAGCAAAGCAGUUGAGCAAAUAUCCAACUUUGAGAAGAGGGCAAAUUCAAGAGUGAUUGAUUCUAAUUUACUGAGAGGAUUGAAUCUAACAGACAUAAUAAGGGCUGGGGAGCACCUCACUUUUCAAGAUGGUUGUAAACAGUUCUUCAAGGAUCUUAUGAAAAGUGAAACUUGUGCGACCGAUUUUCACGUGUUAUCAUACUGUUGGUGUGAUGAUCUCAUUAAGUCUGCAUUUUCAUCAGGGGACCUGUGUGUGCCAAAUGUACAUUCGAACUGCUUAGUUUAUGAAGAAUCUAUUUCCACCGGCAAUAUGAUACAGAAGCUGGAGUCUCCCAUGGACAAGCUUGGAGUCUUUAAUGACAUCACCAAGGGCAGCACAAAUGAUAGCAAGCCUUUGACGGUUUACAUUGGAGGUUCAGUUGGCGAUUUGCUUUCCUUGCUCAAAGCAGAUUUUGGCAUUGUGUUUGGCUUAAGUGACAGUCUUACGAAAUUGGGGAGUCGAUUUGGUAUUUCUUUUGUUCCCUUGUUUUCCGGCUUAGUUAAUAAACAAAGAGAACUUGACGUAAGUGGUUGUUUAAACCUGAUAGGGUCCUCUGGGGUUCUUUACACUGUCUCCAGCUGGGACGAGAUUAACACUUUCAUCUUGGGGGCCAAACAAGUCCCUCCAUAUUAAAGAAAAUACACAAGUAUACAAAAAGUGACUUAUUUAGAGUAGACAAAACAUAAAGUUAGGUUAUAUCCAUGUUACAGUUAUGUUUGGUAGGGAGACUUGGAUAACGCCAAACAUUGUUGAGGAAUUAUAAAAGUUAACUCGUUCACUAUAUUGUUUAGUCGCAUCCAGUAUUGCGUACUAAACAUGUACUAGGUGGCUAAUUUUUCACGAUGGCCUCUGGUUAGCCCUUAUUUUGUUGUUGAGGGCUAACCGCAUGUGAUGGACAAUUAUAUGAGCAGGAUUAGGUAAGAUUGUUGAAGUGUAACCAUUUUCUUAAAUUCUCUACGAUGGAUUGGAUAACACGGGAUACUACUAAAGAAGAUAAACAAGUUUAGUUCUUUUUUAUUAUACUGUGUAAUCUUGUCUAAUACUGUAUACUAGACAUACACUUAUGGAUUUAAUGGCAUGGUAUUUUAGACAUGCUUGUGGAACAAGAUGUAUCUAACAUUGUUGUCUCUAUUAUUUUUAAAUUUUGGGUGAAAAGUCUUACCUAAUGUAACCUUCUUGGGGAAA